AAACCCUAAAUUACAGAAAAGCCAAAAGUUUAAAAUUUUAAAAUUUUUAAAUAUGGGAGUGAGCAUCAAUCUCAAAAUGGCCAAUUCUUGCUUAGUCUUUGGCCUUUUGCUUCUUCUUCAUUCCACAUUUUCAUUAGCUAAUCCAAAAGUUCAUCAUCAUGAGUUUGUUGUUCAAGCAACAAAAGUAAAGAGGCUAUGCAAAACUCACAACAGCAUAACAGUGAAUGGGUUGUUUCCUGGACCAACAUUAGAAGUCAACAGUGGAGACACUCUCAUUGUUAAAGUUACCAACAAAGCAAGAUACAAUGUCACCAUUCACUGGCAUGGUGUUAGGCAGAUGAGAACUGGAUGGGCUGAUGGGCCAGAAUUUGUGACUCAAUGUCCAAUUAGGCCCGGAAGUAGUUACACCUACAGGUUCACACUUGAAGGUCAAGAAGGGACCUUAUGGUGGCAUGCACAUAGCUCAUGGCUUAGAGCUACUGUUUAUGGUGCCCUAAUUAUCCACCCUAGAGAAGGAACUGCAUAUCCUUUUGCUCACCCUAAAAGAGAAACCCCAAUUCUUCUUGGAGAAUGGUGGGAUGCUAACCCGGUUGAUGUGGUUAGAGAGGCAACUCGAACCGGAGCUGCUCCAAAUAAUUCUAAUGCUUAUACCAUCAAUGGUCAACCUGGUGAUCUUUAUAAUUGCUCCACCAAAGACACUGUCAUCGUCCCAAUCAGCUCCGGCGAGACCCACCUCCUCAGAGUAAUCAACGCUGCACUCAAUCAACCGCUCUUCUUCACCGUCGCCAACCACAAAUUCACCGUCGUCGGUGCCGAUGCAUUAUAUCUCAAACCAUUCACCACAUCAGUCAUCAUGUUAGGACCAGGACAAACCACCGACGUCUUAAUCUCCGGCGACCAACCACCGGCAAAAUACUACAUGGCAGCUCGCGCCUACCAAAGUGCACAAAAUGUUCCGUUUGACAACACUACAACAACCGCCGUUCUUGAAUAUAACUCGGCCCCUUGCUCCGUCAACUGCUUAACCACCAAACCGAUCAUGCCACCAUUGCCGGCAUUCAACGAUACACCGACAGUCACCGCCUUUAACAACCGUCUCAAAAGUCCAAGAAAAGUUGACGUUCCGAUGAAAAUUGAUCAUAAUUUAUUUUUUACGAUCGGAUUAGGCCUGAAUAAUUGCCCCAAGAAUUUCCGGCCAAGACGAUGCCAAGGACCGAACGGAACUCGUUUCACGGCGAGCAUGAACAACGUAUCCUUCGUGCUUCCGACGAACUUUUCUUUACUACAAGCUGCUCGGCAGAAUAUUCCGGGAGUUUUCACUACUGAUUUUCCGGCGAAGCCUCCGGUGAAAUUUGAUUACACUGGAAAUAACGUUAGCCGGUCGCUUUUUCAGCCUGUUGCCGGAACUAAGCUGUAUAAAUUGAAAUAUGGAUCGACGGUGCAGAUUGUGUUACAGGAUACGAGUAUUGUGACGCCGGAAAAUCAUCCGAUUCAUCUGCAUGGAUAUGAUUUUUAUAUCGUCGCUGAAGGUUUCGGAAAUUUUGAUGCUAAAAAGGAUACGGCUAAAUUUAACCUAGUUGAUCCGCCGAUGAGGAAUACAGUCGGAGUACCCGUUAAUGGAUGGGCAGUGAUUCGAUUCGUCGCGGAUAAUCCAGGGGUGUGGCUAAUGCAUUGUCACUUGGAUGUUCAUAUUAAUUGGGGAUUAGCCAUGGCUUUCUUGGUAGAAGAUGGAAUUGGAGAGCUGCAGAAAUUAGAGCCUCCUCCAAAUGAUCUACCUAUAUGUUAGAGUUUCAUCAAGUUUCAUAACCGUUUAUUAUAAGCCCAUAAAUAGGGGCAUGGUUUUGUUUUUGUUUUUGUUUUUAAUUCUCUAUUCAUCUAUUAUUAAUUCAUAUUUUCAGUAUUGGGGUUUCCCUGCAUUUGGGGACUUUUUGUUUUGAAUUGGGAUAGAUUACAGAUAAAAUGUGGGUUUAGAGAAGAGGGUUACUUUUGUAAAAGUAGUUUCCAUCUUAUUUGAUUAUAUUCCUACA